AUGACUGAUACAAACCCUCAAAAAAGACUACGUGUUCUCAUCUCUGGAGCCGGUAUCGGUGGUCUCGUUGCUGCUUAUUGGCUGGGCAAGGCAGGAGCCUCUGUGACAGUCCUAGAGCGAGCCAAGGACCUACGCAAAGAAGGACAUAUCGUCGGUAUUCGCAAGGAAGCCCUUCCAAUCAUUAACUAUAUGGGUCUUGAGGAAGAUAUUCGAAGACAAAUGUCUCACGAGAUGGGCCUCAAACUGGUCGAUAACAACAACUCGACCUGGGCGGCGUUCCCUCCGGGUGAUUUGGGCUUUAGCUGUGGUGUGGAGUUGCGACGAGGUGACCUGGUGAAAUCGCUUUACGAAAGGACAAAGGAUCAAGCCCACUUCAUCUUGGGCAAGACUAUCAAUACUAUUGAAGAAAAUAAUGAAUCCAUAUGCGUGACUCUUGGCGACAAUGCAGAGGUGCUUCAGUUUGACGUCCUCCUGGUUGCCGAAGGCUUGAGGUCAAAGACACGAGCCAGAAUCUUCAAGGAGAAAGUCGACACACCAAUCUCUAGCUUGGGCUUAUUGGCUGCCUCGUUCUCUUAUAAGUCGGAGGACAAUUGGGCGUAUUGGUACAACAUUCCAGACCAUCGCGCUCUUCUACUCCGGCCCGAUCGGUUUGGCCAGACACGAACCUUGGCGAUGUGCAGAAAAAGUGAGGAGUACACCACCUCCACAAAUCUGGUUAGCUCAAAGACUCCGGUCGAGCAACAGAAAGAUUUCUUCAUUCGGCGCUUCAAACAAACGGGCUGGGAGAAGACCGGCAAGAUCAUGAGAGCCAUGAACGACGCCGACGACUUUUACGUCCUCGAGAUGGUACAAGUGAAAUGCAAGAAAUGGUCGAGAGGGAGGACAGUCCUUCUGGGCGAUUCGGCGUACUGUCCUUCUCCGUUUGGUGGGAUGGGCACGACUGCUGCGAUUAUCGGCGCGUACAGUUUGGCCGCUAAGCUGGUGCAGACGCCGGGCGACCACAGAUCGGCUUUUGAAUCCUAUGAGAAUUUGUUGAGACCAUGGGCCGAAUCGAUUCAAAAACCGGUGGCAAUGACCAUCCAUUUCGGGCUACCUGGCACUAGAAUGGGCAUCCGAUUCUUUCACCUUUUGGGUUUUUUCGUUUCGUUGCCUCUAGUCAGUACCAUCUUGCCGUUCCUCAUUCCGUUCCUGGUCCAAUUGGGUCUCCCCGUGAACGCCAUUGCCCCGAGGAAUCCAAAGCCUUCGGUAUUUCAAAGAAUCUGA